AUGGAGUACUCUGCUGCAGCUAUCUCGCAGGGUCUUGCAUCCAUGUUUUCAGUCUCGAACAUCUUCUGGCUCUUCGCUUUAUGGAUUGGAUAUCGCGUUGUGAUCGCCCUAUACAACAUCUCGCCUUUGCAUCCACUGGUACAUUUUCCUGGACCAAAGAUCGCAGCCGCGUCUUACCUCUACGAAGCGUACUAUGACUGGUGGUGUGUUGGACGCUAUGGCCGAGUCAUUAAGCAGAUGCACGACCAAUACGGUCCGAUUGUGAGGAUCAACCCGGACGAAUUACACUGCUCUGACCCAUCCUUCACCGACGAAAUAUACGCUGGCUCUAGUCGCCCGAGAAACAAAUGGAUUCAUCAACUCAACACUGGCGGCGCUGGGCCUGUUAGCGUCACGGGAUUCAGUACAGUUGAGCAUGAUUUACAUCGUGUGCGUAGAGCACCACUGGCGAAGUUCUUCUCCCGCCAACAGAUGCUCAAACUCGAAAAUGAAGUCCAUGAAUUCGCGCAGCUGACUACUGAUAAAAUGCUUAAGAGCGCUGGUAAAGGGAAAUUCGACAUCAAGGACGCCUUUAAUUGCUUCACUGCAGAUGUCAUCAGCCAGUACGCCUUUGGCGAAAGCAUGGGCUUCGUUGCUCAAGAAGGCUGGACACCAAAUCUCGCGACUUGGACUGAUUCGUUCUUCAAAAGCGCGUAUAUGAUGCGGCAUAACGCUCUCGGUCGCAAGAUGGCAAACCUCCUUCCCUUCAUGGCAGACUAUCUGGGCGAAGACGUCCGGGCUAUCUUCAAGGUCAUGAACGUCACGAUCCCGGGAUACAUUGCUGCCGCGCUCAAAAAUCCGGGAAACGGACGCGUGUUUGCACAAGUCAUUGGCGAAAAAGGGCUCACCGAGGAGGAGAAAUACCGCUUCAACGGCGAAGGCUUCAAUUUCCUCCUCGCAGGGACCGAAACAACUGCCGCCAUCCUAACAGUCCUAUCCUACCACCUCCUCUCCCGCCCCGAAAUCUACGCCCGCCUAAGACGCGACCUCUCUGCCGCCAACCUCACCCCCAACACCCUCUCCUGGGUCGCCCUCGAACAAAUCCCGUAUUUCUGGGCCAUCCUGCAAGAAUGCCUGCGCAUGAUGCCCGGCGUCUCGCACCGCAGCGCGCGCAUCGCACCUACCGAGGACCUGCACUUCCAGCAGUGGGUCAUCCCGCGCGGCACGCCCAUCGGCAUGACGAGCAUGAUCAACCACUGGGACACGCAAUUGUUUCCAGAUCCGGAUGAAUUUAUUCCGGAGCGCUGGCUCAAUGACAAUGGCAGUCAGAAUUGGGGGCUGCAGAAGAGGUUGAUUGCGUUUGGGAAGGGGUCGAGGGUGUGUAUUGGUAUGGAGUAA